CAUUGCUCUUCGUGUGUAUCAUCCUCAUGUAUCAGCCUUGGAAGUGGGCGGUUUUUUUACUUUCGUAUUCACUUCAGUUUGGCUUUGGGCGAAUCACACACGUAGUUCCCAUUUCCCAUGUUUGGUCUGAGCAAGCCAGCUACAUGCGGUUUUUAUUUUAGUUAAACGGUCACAUUGAAUGAAAGAGAGGUUUAAAACCAGCGGGAUCUCAAGACAUGUCUGGAAAUAGUACGCACGAAACAUGCGAGAGCAUCAACCUGAACUUUACGCACUCCUUUCUGCCGGCGGGGUUCAUCACUGUGUUCGUCGUUGGGACGCUGUCCAACGUCUGGGGACUCAGGAGCGUGUGCACUAGCUGGAAAAAAAUCGGAAGCAUUAACAUCUUCAUGUUUAACCUGGGGGUUGCGGACCUGCUGUACCUGUUCACCCUGCCGUUUCUUGUGCACUAUUACGCAAGCAACAGCCUCUGGCAGUUCGGCCAGCCUUUCUGCAAAGUGACCCGCUUCUGCUUCAACCUCAACCUGUACGGCAGCAUCGGCUUCCUCACCUGCAUCAGCGUCUACAGGUACCUGGGCAUUGUGCACCCCAUGAGGGUGAUGGGAAAAAUCACCAGCUGCCACUCGCUGGCCAUCAGCGCCCUGGUCUGGCUUCUCGUCAUUAUCCAGAUCCUCCCUGAUAUGUUCUUCGACAAGAAUGAUCUCAAAUUAGCCCCAGACUCGUGCUACGACACCACCUCGAACGAGCUGAUCCAAAGAUACCUGCCGUACAGCAUCAGUUGGUCCGUCACAGGGUUUGCCAUACCGUUGCUUAUCAUUUUGCUCUGUUAUGGACACAUCGUUGUGGUUCUUGCCAGAAAGACCAACGUCAACCCUCUGCUGAAGCAGCGGUGUUUGAAACUGGUCGUGAUUCUGGUGAUUCUGUUCUCCGUCUGUUUCAUCCCCUACCACGUCUUUCGAAAUGUUAACCUGAAAACCAGGAUUUUGAAACAGAGUGGGAUUUGCCACGCCAGUUUCGACGACAUCUACAUUGCGCAUCAGGUCGGCCGAUUCCUGGCUUGUCUAAACAGCGUAAUAAACCCGCUGAUUUAUAUAGUUGGGAAUGAUGAUUUCCUUAUGAAACUUCAGCACCUCAGCAGGCGGACCCGACAGUCUCUGGCAGGCCUGACAGGCGCAGUCCUUUACCGUAGACCGAUAGACGCGGACGCGGAUUCACCGUCAGAGAUUCGCGGUAACUCCGACCUGAUGAAUGGAUAAGACCCACAAUUGUUUCACCCGAGAUACACUUCCGUCCCUGCGUAUCAUGCACCGCCAGAACUUCCACAUUUCCUGGAACAAUGUACCCUACAAUAAUGACGGAUGAUUUGCAAGAUAAUAAGACAAUUAUCUAGCAGUGCCAUAUGUCUGGAGGAUUUUUUUUUGUUUCUGCUGAACAUUAUUACAAAAGACAGAACAUGUUAUUUCCAGCUGAAGCUAAUGUUAGCAUCUCAUAGUGCUCUGAUUUUUUGCAUCAGAAUUGUACCAAACUAUGUGUAUUACUGUGAUUGUGUGCUUAAAAAAGCGGAUCUGUCCUGUGCUUUCCUACUGUGCAGUGCAAGAAAAGUCCAUGUAUUGUGCUUAAGCACUGCCAUAGCCUAUAUAGCACUAUGCACUGUUACUGCUGAAGCAUGGUUUGUGUUGUCCAUGUUUAACUGUCAGAGUCGCCAUUCCACAGCUUUCAAUUUUGCACAUUUGUUUAGUGUAAAUUGACGUGAGUUCAACAAAGAACUAUAACAGUGAUGUAAGUGCUGGGAUCUCAAGGUAAAAGAAAUACUCAAAACCUCAAAUAUGUUGUGUAAAAAGUCCUGUAUGUUUAAAUGUGUAAUAAAAUGUGAAUAAAAGUAUAGUAAUAAUAAUAAGUAUUGUCAACAAAGUGUACUUAAAUAUCACAAAUUAAAGUAAUUAGUAGUCA